AUGAAUCCGACAGGAAGCUUGUGUGCCAACAAUUGGGCAAGGUCCACUUCUUUAGUUCCUCCUGGGAAUGGAUUACAGACAAAUCUGUCCUUGGAUCCUUCCUCUUUCUACGACAUCGGUAUUGAAAUGCCUUUCAAAGAAAUCAACGAACCCUCUCGAACUCAGUCUGUGAUUCCAUGUGAAUCUAACGAAGAUAUUAAGAACACUGAUCAGGAGACCAGUAAACUUCAAGAUUGGGAUCCAAGUGCGAUGUUGAGUAACCUUUCGUUCCUGGAAGAAAAGAUUCAUCAGCUCCAGGAUGUAGUGCAUUUGAUUGCUAAUAAUAAGAAAUGUCAACCUUUUGAACAACCUCGUGAACUCGUGACUCAAGAACAGCAACUCGUUACAGCCGAUUUAACAUCGAUUAUUGUUCAGUUGAUAUCUACUGCAGGUAGUCUUCUCCCUUCUGUUAGGAACACUCUGACGGACACAAGUCCAUUGGUAGGACAGCUUAGUCAGCUUCGCGGAAUUAACCUUCCUUUUGGAACAGGCACGAGUAAUGGUGUUCAGCCACAGAAUAAUAUCGGAAAUAAAUUGUUUGAUCAGUCCAUUCAUAAAGAUGUACCUAAUAAUUGCGAAAUGGAGCAAAACCAUAAUAUGGACGAACACGAACAUAAAGAUGAAGAAGAUAUGGAAGAGGGAGAGAAUCUUCCACCUGGUUCGUAUGAGAUUUUACAACUAGAAAAAGAAGAAAUCCUUGCACCCCACACACAUUUCUGUACAAUAUGUGGCAAGGGGUUCAAGAGGGAUGCGAAUCUCCGUAUGCACAUGCGUGGCCAUGGUGAUGAGUACAAAACUCCGGCGGCCCUUGCAAAACCACAUAAAGAAACUGGGUCCGAACCGAAGCUUAUCAAGAGGUAUUCGUGCCCCUAUGGUGGCUGCAAGCGUAACAAGGAUCACAAGAAAUUUCAGCCUCUGAAAACUAUUUUAUGUGUGAAAAACCACUACAAAAGAACACACUGCGAUAAGAGUUACACAUGCAGCAGAUGCCACACCAAGAAGUUUUCAGUCAUUGCAGAUCUCAAAACUCAUGAAAAACACUGUGGCAAGGAUAAAUGGCUCUGUUCAUGUGGCACAACGUUUUCAAGGAAAGACAAGCUUUUCGGACACAUUGCUCUUUUCCAAGGCCAUACACCGGCCAUUCCUUUGGAAGACAAUAAAGGACUCGCCGAGCCACCUGAUCGAUGCGCCACCAAAGAAAAUAGCGCUAUGGUAGGGAACAUGAACUUCUGUUUUGGAUCAAAUCCUUCAAGUGAAAACGGAGUUGAUAACAUCAUGGAUGUAAAAGGUAACAUUGAUGAUCCUAUCAGUUACUUCUCAUCUUUGAACUUUGAAGGCUGCAACUUUGGUGCGUUUAAUGAAUUCUCUCAACCAUCAUUCGAAGAUUCAGAAGGCUCUUUCUCAUUUCUCAUGCCGAGUUCGUUCAAUUAUGCUCCUAAAUCUGGCGGUGAAUCAUGUUCUGACACUCUGUAA